GUUGACAAUAGAGCCUAUUUAUGUAUUUGUUUCCUUUUUUCUUGUCUACUCAGGAAGAUGAUAGUGCACUUCUACGUUUCCUACAAUGCAAAUUUGGGAAAGGACCAGAAAAUGGUCCUGAGUUCUUCUAUGAUCCUAAGUAUGCUUUGCGUCUUUGCCUCAAGGAAAAACGAAUGCGUGCAUGUGUUCAUAUAUACAGCAUGAUGUCUAUGCAUGAAGAAGCAGUUGCUCUUGCCCUACAGGUUGAUUCAGAGCUUGCUAUGGCUGAAGCUGAUAAAGUUGAAGAUGAUGAGGAUUUGAGAAAGAAGCUCUGGCUCAUGAUUGCCAAACAUGUUGUUGAACAAGAAAAAGGAACUAAGAGGGAAAACAUAAGGAAGGCAAUUGCAUUUCUUAAAGAAACUGAUGGCCUGCUAAAGAUUGAGGAUAUAUUACCAUUCUUUCCGGAUUUUGCCCUGAUUGAUGACUUCAAGGAGGCUAUUUGCUCAUCAUUGGAGGAUUACAAUAAGCAAAUUGAAGAGCUGAAGGAAGAGAUGAAUGAUGCAACCCGUGGUGCUGACAACAUCAGAAAUGAUAUCAGUGCACUUGCUCAAAGAUGCACUAUUAUUGAUCGAGAUGAGGAAUGUGGGGUAUGUCGGCGGAAAAUUCUAACUGCUGGCAGAGAGUUCGGCAUGGGUCGUGGUUUUACAUUAGUAGGACAAAUGGCUCCCUUUUAUAUCUUUCCAUGUGGACAUGCCUUUCAUGCACAAUGCCUGAUUGCCCAUGUGACUCGUUGUACAGUUGAGGCUCAAGCUGAGUAUAUACUGGAUCUGCAGAAGCAACUUACUUUAAUGGGCAGUGAAACAAGGAGAGAAUCCAAUGGUGCCCUUUCUUCAGAGGAGUCCAUUCGUAGCAUGACCACCGUAGACAAGCUCCGACAACAACUGGAUGAUGCUAUAGCUAGUGAAUGCCCAUUUUGUGGCGACUUGAUGAUCCGUGAGAUUUCUUUGCCCUUUAUCCAUCCCGAGGAACAGCAGCAUGUGCUAUCUUGGGAUAUCAAACCAAACGUUGCAAGCCAGAGAAAUAUCUCGUUACCUGCAUGAGUUUCUAUAUGCUAGCUUGCGUUGUGUGAAUAACAUUGCUAUAUACAAGACUAUUGUCCCUGUUCCUUGCAGUGUGUAGAAUCCAUAUUGUAUUUUUUUUAUUUACAUUUUGUUAUGCGGUCGGCUCUGGUUUUCUGAUUGCCUAGGAAUUUGUUGCCUCAAUCGCCACUGUAAAUCAUGUACCCUGUUGCAACUUACGGUUGCCUCCAUUUUUGUUCCUGGGAGGCAUUGUCGAAAGUUUAUUUAAUUUCUUAUCUAUAUAGUGUUCUUCGUUUCUUUUACUGAAUAAAACUUGCAUCA